AUCACACCCUUCGCGAAGGGAGGUGGAAAAUGCGAGACAGGGAGUAGCUAGCUGGAAAGCGCUAUCAUACAUCUUCACAUUAUUUUUUAUAAAAAGAUUUCGUGAAUUAAGAAAAACCUAGAGCGGAUGUACAGCGGUUUUACUCUCUCACAUAGUAGGUUUAUUAGCUGCCUAUUAAAGUGCCAUCUUUAUCCGAUCAUCACGCUGUCUUCUGUCAGACGUCUUUGAAGCAUUUUGAUUUUUAAAUAUACUUUAUGAAACGGAAAUUAUGGCAAACCCAAUGACUGUACUAUUGCGUGCGGUAUAAGAGAUAAAAAGAAGAGCGGAGGAGCAGAGACAGCAGCUUCUGUUUUCGUCAUGGCUGUGAACACCAACAGUACACAGCCUCCCUUGACACCCAGUGCCGUUCCCACCGUGCUGGAGGAGGAACAGCAGCAACUGGAGCAAUCUGCAAACCUGCCGCAAGAGGAGUCCAGCCCUGCCCCUGACGCCACGCAGCCGGCCAAAGAUGAGCAGCAGGCCCCUCAGCCUCCGGCGUGCCCUGCCCCUGACGCCCCCUCUCAGGAGGAGACCCUGCCCAGCGACCACCUGGUCGUGGUCAACGAGAAAACGGAGACAUACAACGGUGUUUACUCAGGCCCAGUUGACUCUCCUCCAUCUUCUAUCUCCUCUCCUCCCCGGAGCCAGCAUGCCAAAUCCCACUCCCACGCCCACGCCCACUUCGCCAACGGCAAGGCGAGGGUGGGUAGCCGGUCUGGGUCGCUCGGUCACGUGACGGCGUCGCCGCGCCCUUCUCUGUCUCGCCAGCUCAGCACGGCCACCGAGGGGCUCAAUGAAUCGGGCAAGCCUCGGGACUACCUAAUCCUGGCCAUUCUCUCCUGCUUCUGCCCCAUGUGGCCUAUUAAUAUCGUGGGAUUAACCUUCUCCCUGAUGUCCCGCAACAGCCUACAGCAGGGCAAUGUGGAUGGAGCCAGGCGCCUCGGACGCGUCUCCAAGAUGCUGUCUGUCUUCUCGGUGGUGGGCGGGAUCAUCAUCAUCGUUGCCUGCAUCGUCAUCAACUGGGGCCUUAUAUUAAAGUCCUGAUCAGGAAGUGUUGACAAACAGCCAUUUUCCCAUGGGAUCUGACACUAUUCCAUCAUAUUCUCUCUACUGUUCUCUGUGGUAUUCUACAAUUCUAAUCUGCAAUUGAAAAACUCUUGUCCUCAUCAAGUGUGGAUGUUCAAAAAUGGAGAGAAAUGGUCACUGCAGUUGCAGUUGAUCGGUCCAACACAAGUAAUUCAUUCAAUAUCCAAGUAGCAGGUGAUGUAAAUACCACUGAUCAUGAUCUUCUCAAGAGAAAAAAAAAUACUGGAUUUUUUUUUUCAUGGUCAGAUUUCAUGUCUGCAAAAUGUCUGCAAGGCCAUCCAUUAUCACACAGUAACUUGUUGCUUUGGAGAAGGAAUUUCAAAAUAUGCUCCCUGUGCCAAAAUCAGUGUGGAACAAGUUUGAUGGCAUGAAAGGACAUGAAGGAAGGGGCACAUUGCCAAUUUACUACAAAGAAUGUUAGAUGAAAAAGGAAGAAACUAAACGAGGUGCCAGAAAAUGAAGACAUGUUGUUGUAAAUGGGGAAAAAAGACAUCUGGAAAUGGGGUGCUGGACUCCCCUAACAGUGGUGUGUCCUGUCCCAUAUUAUGUUGGGCUUUACAGCAUACUGGGGUUGGUCAUUUUAAGAAUAUCAGUAUAUCUUCUCAGCAUCAUAGGCCUCUUUUGGUGGUACAGACAUCUGAACGUGUUUAGUUUGUAACAUUGAAGGCUUUCGUGUGCAAGUUUACAUUGGCUGCGCUGAGGGAACAAGAUGUGUUUGCAUGAUUUUUGAUAAUGGGGUGGAGCUGUGGUUUCUCCAUCUGCAGCAUUUAGGCAUCUAAGAGUGGCAGGGUGAGAAAAAGGUGCACAGCGAGGUGGCAGAGAGGUUUCUACACGCAGGAGCACAGAGACAGAUGGUGUCAAAGAAUUGUUCGCACUCAAAAGCCCCUUCACGCUUGUUUCGAAAGUAAAUAU